UAGGGCGUGUUAGGGAAGAGAAACCACGGUCGGUGGGCACCGCGGGAGUAUCACCAUACGUGGUUGCCCCGCCGCAGCUGCUGCCCCGCAAGAUGAUUGGGGUCCUGCUCCUGCUUCUCCUCCUCCCCCUUCUCUUGUACAUCGCUGCACCCCAAAUCAGGAAAAUGCUCUCCAGCGGGGUGUGUGCGUCAACUGUUCAGCUUCCCGGGAAGGUGGCCGUGGUCACUGGAGCCAACACAGGCAUCGGGAAGGAGACAGCCAAAGAGCUGGCUCAAAGAGGGGCCCGUGUGUAUAUAGCUUGCCGCGAUGUGCAAAAGGGGGAGUUGGUGGCCAGAGAGAUCCAGACCGUGACAGGGAACCAACAGGUUUUGGUGCGGAAACUAGACUUGGCUGAUACUCAGUCUAUUCGAGCCUUUGCUAAGGGCUUCCUGGAAGAGGAAAAGCAUCUCCACAUUUUGAUCAACAACGCAGGAGUGAUGAUGUGUCCCUACUCCAAGACAGCAGAUGGCUUCGAGAUGCACAUAGGAGUCAACCACUUGGGGCACUUCCUCUUGACCCAUCUGCUGCUAGAGAAGCUGAAGGAAUCAGCCCCAUCAAGGGUAGUGAACGUGUCUUCCCUAGCACAUCACCUUGGAAGGAUCCAUUUCCAUAACCUUCAUGGCGACAAAUUCUACAAUGCAGGUCUGGCCUACUGUCAUAGCAAGUUAGCCAACAUUCUCUUCACCAAGGAGCUGGCCCGGAGGCUAGAAGGCUCUGGCGUUUCGACAUACUCUGUACACCCUGGCACAGUCAAGUCUGAACUGACUCGGCACUCAUCGUUCAUGCAAUGGAUAUGGCGGCUUUUCUCCUUCUUCAUCAAAACCCCUCAGGAGGGAGCCCAGACCAGCUUGUAUUGUGCUUUAACAGAAGGUCUUGAGGUUCUAAGUGGGAACCAUUUCAGUGACUGCCAUGUGACAUGGGUCUCUGCCCAGGCUCGUAAUGAGACAAUAGCACGACGGCUCUGGGACGUCAGCUGUGACCUGCUGGGCAUCCCUACGGAUUGAGAGGUGGUGGCAGUUGGACCCAAGAGAAGUGCGCAGCAGACUACUCUGUACUCCCUGCCAAAAUGAUUCUCCUUCAGGAUGGCCAAAACCUUGGGCACAAAGAGAGCAAACCUUUCAGACUUGCCAACUUGGUAUCUGAUAAGAGCCCAGCGUACACUGCCAGAUUCAUCAGAACACCUUGCAUUUGUCCAGAUUUACUUUGCUCCUGUUAUUGCAGUUACUAGAGACCCCGUAGGAUAGGUACACCUUCGUGAGUACACCCGCAAGCUCAUGUUUUCCUUCUGACGCCUACUACCCCGCAGAACCUAAGCUGUGGCAGGGUUGGUUUGUGGCAGUUUUGUUCACAACGUAGUUCCUCCCAACCAACCAACCCUCACUUCGAGAAGGCCACACCGCAGCCUCUGCCAAACGCCCGGAGUCACAGUGGCUUGGCACAAGAGCAGGGCUUGUCCCUCAUCUCCUAGUAAAACCAUCAUGGUGCCAGCCUCUGGAUUCUUUGGGGAAAUCUAACUGAAUCCGAAUCGUGGUACGGCUGUAUCUCUGACAGCCUAAAGCUGCUGCUGUCCAGGCCCUUUCCCAUGCCUGGGCCCGGGAGAACUUCCUCUUCUAAGGGGCGAGUGGGUUCUAGAGGAUGGCAGAAAUGAAAAUCAAGUUUCAAUUCUCAUUUUCCUGCUGUUUCUCGGACCCACAAGGAGAUAGUGAAAGGAGCCGCUUGAGAGGGUAGGCCUCCUGACUCCCGUUACUGACCUCAGACCCACAGAGGCCCUCCUUUCGGUGCCUUGGUUUCCCUUAGACAACCAGAGGAUGGGAAAGGCUCUUGGGUGAUGGCUACUGAGUAUGUGUGUUCCUGUGAAUUUUUGCAGUUGGGAGCAUUUUCACAAAACUCGAAAUAGCCCUAAGGGAACAACAGUGUUAAACCAGACCCUGAUGCAGGUAGAUGAUCAGAGAUGGAGCCAGCUAGUGUCACACAGCCUCUGGUGCAAAUGGGUAGAGCUGCAAGGGGAAGCAGAUGAGUAGCCAAGAAGCAUAUGGGUAGCAAGAAGUUCUAAAAAGAGAAUAAGCCUGCAAGAUAAUGAAGGGACUAGUUAAGGAUUUUUUUUUUAAAGCUGGAGAUGCUAAUAUCCAGCUAUAGAAGAAUUAAAGGGGAGCAGCGGAGUUAGCAAGGCUGAUUAAGGCACUGUCGUAAGCCCCAACCAAGGUGGCAGAAAAAAAAAAACGCCAAAAUGAAAAAUACCCCUCGAUUUUUUAUUCAGCAGCAUUAACUUAAGAACUGAUACUGGUAGUUACAGUUGAUUUAAUAAUCUUUUAGGGCAUUUGCUUGCAUUAUCUUGACAAGCUUAAAAGGUCUACUUCCUAAAAAAUCAAAAAGCUACAUUGUAUUUGGAGAACUUUUUAUCAAAAGAAAUGUUGCCAAAGGAAGUCCGAGGAAUUGGUAAGGUUCCAUCAUCUGUUUAUAGUAUGUCAUCCUAAUAGAAUUUGUGAUUUUCUUGGACCAACAAUUAUAUAUUCACUUUGGUGGGGGAAAGCGUUAUUGGACCACAGUCUUCUCAUAUUUGUAAAUUAAUAAUUGUUACACUUGUUUUGACCAUUGAACUAUAUAUUUGGAAGUGGUUAUUUUAUGGAAAAAUUGCAAAACUUGAUAAUAUGCAGUGGAAUAACUGAA